GUUUUUAGCGAGAAUAUGAAAGUGUUCCUUUUUUGACAUGGUUGAGAGGAUCACUUUUGUCAUUUCACGAAACUUAGAGCGUCUGAUAGGUCAUUUCUUUCUUAGAAAUGGUGUUUUUGUGCCUCGAGCCAGAGUCAGAACGACAAUGAAGCUAAUUGUGUGCAAUGCGACAGGUCCCAACUCUUUGUGUACCAACCCUUCUUCCCCCAGUUCCUUUUUGCGCAUCUUCUACGUUCAAGAGCUGUAAUUGAGGAGUGCUUAGUUGUUGAUGGUUAUAUGACACGUUGUGAUCUUCAUCUUUCGACCUCCAUUUCACCUUAGGGUUAGCGUUAGGAAUAAAGUGGAUAACGAUGUCUUCAUCCUUCGCCCCACGACGCUAACACUGAGCACACAUUCUCCGAAAUGUCGCUACACACCAUUCGUUCUCGUGUCUCGGCAUCCGGCACCAGCGAGAAGGAUUUCAGACCGUCUACCGACAUCACUACCAAGCGCUCGGAGACCGAGACCAUGAAAGACGCUGACACGCUAUCGACCGCCUCCACCAAAGAAGAUGAGGACGAAAGGAACGAGUUCAUUUCCGCACACAAUCGGAUGCUGUGGCGCGAGAAAGAGCCGAAAGAUUUCACGCAUACGAAAACCCCAGAGCCGCAUGCAGUCCGACGACGCCAAAUUCUUGAGAAACAUCCGGAAAUCCUAAAGCUCUAUAAACCAGAUCCUCUGAUUAUGGACAGAUGAUAUUCUUGAUAUUCAUUCUCAUAAAAACGCCCAUUUUCGAUAUGCUACGAUUACUGCUUGUCCUACGGUAUGCAACUACGACCACGAUGUAACCAUUUUUUCAUAAGCCUACGGUAUGCAACUACGACCACGAGUGAUUAUAGUAAAUGUAACCAUUUUUUCAUCAUCAGUUAAAAAUCCGCUCGUUUACGGUUCCAUCUCUAAUUUGCGUGCACUCUUAUGCCUCGGCACGGUUGCGGUGCAGCUGAGCGUGGCCUAUGCAGUCUCAACCUUUGAUCCGAGCUGGUGGGUGGUUCUGGUCUUAUGGCUUACAGCAUAGUUUUAGUCAUUGUCAUAAAGGGCAUCGAUAUCCAGAUAGUGUUCAUGUUGAAAGCGUGUAUUUGUCUGCAAAGCCAAAAACUACAUUUAGUACCACAUCAGGAGUUGGUUUUGGUAAAAACCAGUAACUCCUAAUCAUCAUACCACCAGGAUACAGAUAUUGAUCAUGAUAGACUUGUAGUUGUAACUCCUCUAAUCUCACUCGGCUACGUGAUUAGUGGCACGAUGAAUCACAGUUUGGUUCUGGCGAUGCACGAACUGAGCCAUGACUUGUGGUUCAAAACGAAGAAGCUCAACCUCCUUUUCGGCUGGUUCAUCAACUGUCCCACUUGUGUAGCGUCGGCAAGCACUUUUAUUAUGGCGGUGAAUUUGGACAAGAUCAAACUAAGUGUAAUUAACAGGCUACAUCUUUUUCAGAUUGCUCAAGAUUACGAAAAGAUUUCCUCAAUUCUUCUUUUGUCCACGACCCAAAAGUCAUGAUCAUGAAAUAGAUGAUGAUGCCACAACAGCAGCGUUGCGGUACUUCUUCUACGAGAUGAAUAUUCAUCAAUUUCUAAGUCACAGCGGUACCACCUGGAGCACCACACCUACCAGGGGAGCGAAAAGAUGGACGCGGACCUUCCUACGAAACUUGAGGGGAAGCUAUUUCGGUAUACAGCAACAAAAGCUUUGUGGGUCGCUCUCCAACCUUUUUUCUACGGUCUGCGGCCCAUUCUCGUGAAACCUAAACCGGUUAGCGUCAACGAAAUUUAUGGAUAGCAGAGCUGUCAAUAGAAGGAUAUAUAGUGCAGCUUGUAGUAGUUGUAGUACUACUACAGCAACUUGUACUAUUUUUGCCUGUACUAGUAUCUGCAUAUUCUUGAGAUAAGAAUUGUCUUUGUCAGAGAUGAGAAGCUGACCACCUCUUGAGUUAAAUACACAUUUUUCUAGAUUUCUAACGACCUAAAGAACAUCUAUUUUCUACUCCCACUCGCUCUAAGAUCCAAUCAAUUGGAUGGUCGUCGGCACGUUCGACCUCCUGGUUAUGAAGUACUUGGGCACCAAAGCAUUCGUAUACCUCUUCUCUGGGUCGAUUCUUGGGCUAGGGGUUCACCCGAUGGCCGGCCACUUCAUCGCGGAGCAUUUCGAGUUCAUCGAAGGACAAGAGACCUACUCAUACUACGGUCCGUUGAACGUCUUCGCGUACAACGUGGGCUACCACAACGAACAUCACGAUUUUCCGAAAGUCCCUGGACGUCUCUUGCCGAAGGUCAAGGCCAUUGCGCCCGAGUUCUACGACAACCUUCCGUAUUAUUAUGGCAAAGAAGAACAAUUGUUUCAUCUUUUUAAGUAGAGAUUUGCACUUAGUAUAAAUAUAGUUCAUCUUCAAUUUCUGAGUCAGAUUUUCCACGAAUAAAGCAGGAAGCAUGAUAUCCUAAAAUAAUCUGACCACUGGUCACAGAUGGGUGUAGAAUUUUGUACGCUAGCAACGUGAAAAAAAUAAUGCUCUUCUGCCGACACCUUAAAGUUAAACUAUAGAAUAGUAUACUCCUUGCUCUAAUGUUUCGACUCCUGGACCAGCGUGCUGCUCGGAUUCAUUUUUGGCCACAACAUCAACUGCUUCUGCCGCGUGAAACGAUUUCCGUGAUGACGGAACGCUUCUUCCAGCCACUCGAAGGAAACCUUCUGUGGCAAUUGCUGUGGGCGGAUGCAAUAGAAUCAGUUGUUUAGCAGAACUAGUUCCAGCUGCAUCCAUGCUUUUGCAUGCUUUGAUGUUUUAGAUUUGCGGACGGGGCGUAAGUGGAGCAGUUUUUUGUUUCAGCCGCUGAGCGUAAAGUGUAAUUCCAUCGGAGGAGGAUGAAUUCGUGAUGUGCUUGUGCUGAAGCGAGCGCAUCAUCGACACAAAGAGAAACGCCUAUCGUGGAAGACCGCUAGACAUCAAGAUCAAGGACGAUAAGAUGGAGUUAGACUCCAUUGUUCCUACUCUUUAUAUCAACACGACCGUAGGACGUCGUUCUAGGAGUAAACGUAGCUUGUAGAUGAUGGUGUAGUACUAGAAAUAUAGCGGCGGAUUGCGUCCUACUCCGACUUUUUGUCGUUGAGUCGUCGCCUUGCUACGGCAAGACACAAUUAUAUUUUUUUAUUAAGUUCCAGUAACGGAGGUGAAAUUUAGUUCCAGUUUGUAAUUCUAAUUGCAAGUACAGAAGUAUUAGAGACUCUAUGUCUAUUUCUAAUGUUCAAGCCAACGUCAAGCUCUUACUUUGAGCUCGAAUUGGAAAACUCGAUUGCAGUCUAAUGAUCGUAUUGGUCGUUGUUUUCCUCAUUGUUUCCAUGCGUAGAUCUAUUAUCCCCAUCAGCCGUUCCACAAGUGAACACUUCUUGCUGAGGGGACCUGGUAAGCUUAACCUUUCCAAGUAAGUAGGUAUGUUGUUCCACGUUUAGGUUUAGUAGUUCUAGUUAUAUUUGGAAUAGAGAAAAUGAACAUCAAAAUACUUAGCACGCUAGUGCAGCUUGUACAAACCUUUACACCCUUUACUUGUCACUAUUGCAACUCGGGAGAUGCAUAAGGAUAUUGGUUACAAGACGUGCAAGUACAGCGAAGUUCAUCAGCAUUUAUUCCUUAAGAUGAUACUUGAUUCCAACAAAAACAGAAACGCAAUAACCACCGCUGCAUGCAUCUACCGAAUUUGCGGCUAAUUUCAUUUUUCUCUUCAAUCAAUUUGGAGAAGAAAAACACAUCCCACUCCUAGGUGGCUCCAC